UUAAGAUAUUGCCCCGCAGGAUUGCACAUAAAUUUUAUCAUUUAAAAGACAUUCCCAGCGGAAUAAUAAACCUGUGAUAAAGUCGCAAUCAAAGUCUCACGACCUCUUUAAAAUCGGUGUCAGGUCCAUUUUGAUACCAAGAGCGAAACCCUUUUAGCCCCUACAGUGAACGCGGUUCGGAUGGGAUGAAAUCUGCGUGAUCGGAUAACUUUCGCUAUGGGCAAAGCUGAAUCCUUUGAUUUCACAGACAUGGCUAAGUAUAAUAGCGAGGCACAGCUGACUCCGGGUAGCAGCAGAAAGGGGUGUUUUAUUUCUGUAUAUGUGGGGAUUUUAAUUCUUUUUCUGGUGGUAUGCUUGGUGUUAGGGGUGGGACUCUUGAUCUAUUUCGCCAGAACUGACCAGAACUGUAGCGAUAAGUCCGGUAUUUCCGAGGGAACUGCGGCAGAAUUAAUUGAUAAAUGCAAGGAUUUUAUUGAUAAAGGGGAUACCACUUUAUGUGAAGCAUGUACGAAAUCCACAUCAGCCAUUCCAGUCACGACACCAGCGCCCUCUAAGCUACAGGAUGUCCGGCUUCCCAUGUCUGUACUUCCGGAACUAUAUACUGUAGAACUUCAGCCGAACAUGUACGAAGGUCCACCUGAACUAUUCACCUUUAACGGAUCUGUCCGAAUCAGAGUCAAAUGUCACGAAUCUACCAACAAUAUCACACUACAUAUAAAUAAACUUAACUUGACGGAGGAAAUUCGGGUGACUCCUGUUGGCUCCUCUUUUCCUCUUCGUUAUAAAAGACAUGAGAUAGAUACGAAACGUCAAUUCUUGAUUGUGUACACGACAGCCUCUCUACAGGCAGGUCAAUAUUAUGACCUUGACCUCUCUUUUAUUGGUCCUCUGAAGGACGAUCUUCACGGAUUAUAUUUAAGCUCGUACAGAAGAAACAACCAGACAGUAUACGCUGCUACUACACAAUUUCAAGCAACAGACCUCCGGAAAACAUUCCCCUGCUUCGAUGAACCAGCUAUUAAAGCAAAAUUUGAUAUCACUUUAGUACGCAAAGGUCAUUUGACAUCAUUGUCUAACAUGCCAAAAAUAACCUCCGAUAAUAGGGGCAACGGAUGGAUAGCAGAUCGAUUUAAAACCACGCCUCCUGUAUCCACAUAUUUAUUAGCGUUUAUCGUCAGUGACUUUAACUACAAAGAGGAUAAAACAGCUAACAAUAUAACUUAUAGGGCUUGGUCCAGACCUGAGGCUAUAAACCAGACCGAGUAUGCGCUUUCUGUUGGAACCAAGGUGCUUACCUACUUUGAAGACUAUUUUGGUAUUCCCUUUCCACUUCCAAAGCAAGAUAUGAUAGCACUUCCGGACUUUGCUGCUGGUGCCAUGGAGAACUGGGGAUUGAUAACAUACAGAGAGACCGCCAUGUUAUACGACAAACACGAGUCGUCAGAGUCUAAUAAACAAAGGGUAGCAGUUGUAGUCUCACACGAACUAGCUCAUCAGUGGUUUGGCAAUCUUGUCACCCCGUCCUGGUGGGAUGACCUUUGGUUAAAUGAAGGAUUCGCCAGCUUUGUAGAAUACAUGGGUGUAGACUACGUUCAUCCGGACUGGAAAAUGUUCGAUCAAAUUGUUGUUGAAGACGUACAAGAUGUUUUUAACUUUGAUGGACUAGUGACGUCACAUCCGGUUUAUGUACCUGUUUCUCACCCUGAUGAGAUCAAUGAGAUAUUCGAUAGAAUAUCGUAUGGAAAGGGUGCUUCCAUCAUUCGGAUGAUGAGGUUUUUCCUAGGAGAGGGAACAUUUAAAAAUGGUCUUAAGAGAUAUCUGAAGAAACUGGAAUAUAAAGCAGCUUUCCAUGACGACUUGUGGUACGCUCUUGGAAAUCAAUCUGCCAUAGAGCAAAAGAAUAUAAAUGUUAAGGAGAUUAUGGAUACAUGGACACUUCAAAUGAAUUUUCCCGUCGUCAAGGUAACUGUCAUGGCGGACGGCAACAUCCGCCUCACACAGAAAAGAUAUCUCAGGGAUUAUGACGCAGUGGAUCCUGGGAAAUAUGUGUCACCUUUUAAUUACAAAUGGGAAAUACCAUUUACUUAUACAACAAAAUCCAGUCCAAACUUUAAUCAAACUGACGGUGAUAUUCAUUGGAUGCAUAAGACAGAACAAGAAAUAAUAACAUCAAAUAUACAACAAUCUCAUUGGAUAAUUGGUAAUGUGAUGCAGUAUGGGUAUUAUCGCGUGACUUACAGUGAUGAGAAUUGGAAUAGACUUAUUCAGCAAAUGGACGAGGACCACACGGUUAUUCAUUCAGUAAACAGAGCACAGAUUAUCAAUGAUGCAUGGAAUUUGGCUAAAUCAGGAGACUUAAGCAUGACUAUUGCCCUUAAAACUGUGAAUUAUUUAGACAAAGAGACAGAAUUCGUGGCCUGGCAAGCAGCUCUGCGUGAAUUAGGUUACGUAGAUUCAAUGCUAGAAAGGACAGCGUUGUACGGGCCAUUUUCUAAAUUCAUGAGAAACAAAGUCAGUGGUAUAUUUAAUCCUUCUUCUUUGAGCAGUUCUAAUUUUACUCACCUUGAAUCGUAUGUUAAUACACUGAUAGCUGCUGAAGCGUGUAAAUAUGGAUUGCAAAGUUGUGUCGAUGAGGCGUCCAGACUUUUCAAACUCUGGAAACAAACACCACACAGUAAUCCAAUUCGGUCAUCAAUUCGUUUGACUGUUUACUGCUCAUCCAUUAGACAUGGUGGUAUUGAGGAAUGGGAUUUUGCCUACAAGAUGUACCAGCAAUCUAACCUAGCUUCAGAGAAAUCUAGACUAAUGCUGGCGUUAUCUUGUUCCAAAGAAGUCUGGAUUUUAAGUAGAUAUCUUAAAUAUUCGCUUACGCCAUCAGAAAUACGUAAACAAGAUGCUACUGACGUCAUAACCUAUAUAUCUAAGAAUGAAAUAGGGCGUGGCCUUGCCUGGGAUUUUGUUCGAGAGCACUGGAGUCAGCUACUGAAAGAAUUUGGCGUGUCUUUAUUUUCAUUUACACGAUUAAUAUCGGGAGUGACGUCACGGUUUAACACUAAGUUUGAACUUAGACAGUUGGAAGCUUUCCUGAGAGAGAAUCCCGACAUGGGAUCAGGAACACGGGCCUUCCAACAGGCUAUAGAGAAAACGAAAAGCAACAUCAAGUGGAUGGACAAAAACUAUGACAUAGUGAAGCAGUGGCUGGUGGAUCAAGGCUUUUUAAACCCAUAAUUGGCAAGAAAUUUGGCGGAUCUAAAAAUGUCACUGUCAACAUUAUAGAAGAUUGAAAAGUAAAGACUGAAUAAAGCUGGUAUCAUAGUUAAGUAACCUUUUUAAAUUAUGAAUUGGGGGAAAAAAGUAGGCUGAUCAAAUGAAAUAUGGAUUGCCAACAUAAAGUUGUAGAAUAUUAUUGUAAAAUCAUAUAUUUUCAUGGGGUCAAAUUUUGGUGGUUUGAGGAAAAAAAUAUGGGUUUGUGGAGAUUUGAUUUUGAGGAUGAGGUAUUGUUGAGUAGUAAUAUCUGUGGAAAAUCACAUUUCGUGGUGGACUUAAAUUUAUGGGUCUCUUCAUACCUCGAUAACAAAGAAAACCCUCACGAAAAUAAGUGAUUUCACAUUAUAUACAUAAAGCUAAAUGUAUAUCUAUGUUUAUAGUUAAUGAACAUCUCAAAACCCAUUUUCAGUAAAGGAGGUAAUGAAAAUGUUGUAAUUCGAGUGUGUAGCUAGAAAAUCAAAAUUUUAAGAUGUAUAAAAUAUUGCACCUUUAUUAAUUUAAUUUUUCAAGCAGAAGUGACAUCAAUUAGAACACAAAUUUUAAUUUUCAGCAUUGGGUAUUGAAGGUAAACAUUGGGCAAUUUUAUUCUACGUCUACUGUACAACUUACAUGCAUCUCUUUUUUAUCUAUUACUGUAUAUUCUGUUUAAGAAUGUUAUCAGAUAGAUUAUUUCAGAAUAAAAAAUAAAGAUUGACUUAAUAGAACUCCAGUUUAUAUACAUCAAUGAUAUUUAAAUACAUUUUUUCACGGAUAAUGAAAAAAAAAAAGAAUAAUAAUGCAAAAGGGUGGUAUCGUAUAAGUUUGUUAAGUUAAUUAAGUAAGUUAGUUAAGGUAAGUUAAGUUAGUUAAGCUAGGUAAGCUAAUUUAGUAAAGUAAGCUAGUUACGCUAAGUUAGUGUAAAAAAUUGACUAUCAAUGCUCUUUGUCAGAUAUGUUUCAUUUUUACAUCAGAAAUCUGAAAUUAAUUCGAAUUAUCUUUAAACACAUAUAUGAAUUGAAAAAUGCACAACAAUUGUCAUCAAAUUGAAGGCUAGGCUUUUUCUAAAUUCCUUUCCAAUUUCUUUUCGUGUUUCUUCAUUGGGAUAAGUUGCUAGGAGUAAAGUGUUUCUUUAAAGAGAUGAUAAGUUCUUGGGGUUAUGUUUAUGAACCUAAUGUAUUUAUGACCUUAUUGUACUUAUGAUCUUAAAAAUGUUUAUGAUUAAAACGUGCAAAUCUGUAGAAUGCACACGUUAUUUCAUUUGCAAAAAUUGUUUAUUCCUUUGAAAUUUUAGGUUUACAUAGACUUUAUUGCUAGGCAAUUCAAAGAAAAGCAAGUAUCUCCUUACAAUUUGGAGUUGGAGAAUCUAUUUUUCAACGGUAUAACUGAUUCUUGCAUCAGCACUUGCUCUUUGAAUGUGCAACGUUUUCUACCAUUGAGCUAGAAUUAUCUUAUCUCUUGAAAACUUUAUUAACUACCACUAAGAUCAAAUAUGGUACUUUGUUGCAGGCCAAAACUAAUUUUUGAUGGAUUUAAAUCUGUCGUCCGUCCCUUAAACAACGUUUUAUGUUGCUUUUUGUGUGUUCCAAUCAGGUUUUCGCAGAAUAGACAGACAUCAGCUUUUAAAAGAGUAUUAUUUUUAAUAUGUGAAAGCAUGAAGAAUACAUUAUGAAAGUGUAUGAAAAUAUAUGCAAUUAGUUUCAAUUUAGUUCAUUUUGCUGUGUUAUUGUUUUAGUUGAUGACGAGUAUUGAAAUAAAUUCGUUCAUACAACCA